AUGUUUUUUUCUAAAGUAAAAGCCAAACAUAAAUAUCAAAAAGAAAAAAAUAAAGAAAAUCUGAGCCAACUGUCAGCGACACUUCUUCAGCCAACCACAAAUUGCGUCAGCACUGUCCAGAGAAGGAACAAAUGCUUCGAUCAUUAUUUCCUCAACCGUUGGAUGGCCCGAGACUACAAGCGACGGAAGUUGGUGAAUGAACACUAUCCACUUCGCCAACGCUAUGUUGCCAUCAAGAGGUGUACAAUUUUACCCAAGGAGCUACAGGAUGUAGCAUCACAAGAACUGUGUGAGUUUCCACGAGACUCAAACUUCACCCGCUUGAAACCUCGCUGUAUCCUCACCUCGCGAUCUCGCUGGGUCCUCCAUCGGUACAGACUCAGCAGAAUACAGUGGCGCCUCCUGGCCGAUUAUAACAAAAUGAGCGGAGUCCUGAGAGCCACAUGGUAG